CCGGCCUGGACCGCGCGCCCCGCGCCCGGCGCCGGACGAGUUCCUCACACUCUCCCCUGAGACGCCAUGUUCAACUCGAUGACCCCCCCGCCAGUCAGUAGCUAUGGAGAGCCCUGCUGUCUCCGGCCCCUCCCGGGUCAGGGGGCCCCCACCAUGGGGACAGAAGGUCUGCCCUUCUGCCACCAGACCAACCUCAUGUCUGGCCCCCACAGUUACGGCCCCGCUAGAGAGAACAACAGCUGCACUGAGGCCCCUCUCUUUCCUCCUCCCCGGAGUACAGUCAAGUUGACCAAGAAGCGGGCGCUGUCCAUCUCCCCUCUGUCAGACGCCAGUUUGGACCUGCAGACAGUGAUCCGCACCUCGCCCAGCUCCCUGGUGGCGUUCAUCAACUCGCGCUGUGCAUCUCCCGGGGGCUCCUAUGGUCACCUCUCCAUCGGCACCAUGAGCCCAUCUCUGGGAUUCCCACCCCAGAUGAACCACCAAAAAGGGACCUCGCCUUCCUUUGGGGUCCAGCCCUGUGGUCCCCAUGACCCCACCCAGGGGGGCCUGAUGCCGCAUCCUCAGCCCCGGGGACCCCUUCCAACUUGCCAGCUGAAGUCUGAGCUGGACAUGCUGGUUAACAAGUGCCCGGAGGAGCCCUUGGAAGGGGACAUGUCCAGCCCCAACUCCACGGGCACGCAGGAUCCCCUGCUCAGGAUGCUGGACGGGCGGGAGGACCUGGAGAGAGAGGAGAAGCCGGAGCCCGAGUCUGUGUACGAGACGGACUGCCGCUGGGAUGGCUGCAGCCAGGAAUUUGACUCCCAGGAGCAGCUGGUGCACCACAUCAACAGCGAGCACAUCCACGGGGAGCGGAAGGAGUUUGUGUGCCACUGGGGGGGCUGCUCCAGGGAGCUGCGGCCCUUCAAGGCCCAGUACAUGCUGGUGGUCCACAUGCGCAGGCACACGGGCGAGAAGCCGCACAAGUGCACGUUUGAGGGGUGCCGGAAAUCAUACUCCCGCCUUGAAAAUCUGAAAACGCACCUGCGCUCACACACGGGCGAGAAGCCGUACAUGUGCGAGCACGAGGGCUGCAGCAAGGCCUUCAGCAACGCCAGCGACCGCGCCAAGCACCAGAACCGCACCCACUCCAACGAGAAGCCCUAUGUGUGUAAGCUCCCCGGCUGCACCAAACGCUACACGGAUCCCAGCUCGCUGCGAAAGCACGUCAAGACGGUGCAUGGCCCGGAUGCCCACGUGACCAAGCGACACCGCGGCGAUGGCCCCCUGCCGAGGGCCUCUGCCCUGGCCACGGUGGAGCCCAAGAGGGAGCGGGACGGAGGCCCCAUCAGGGAGGAAAGCAGACUGACAGUGCCCGAGGGGGCCACGAAGCCACAGCCCAGCCCUGGGGCUCAGUCGUCCUGCAGCAGUGACCACUCCCCAGCAGGCAGCGCGGCCAAUACAGACAGCGGUGUGGAAAUGACUGGAAAUGCGGGCGGCAGCACGGAGGACCUGUCCAGCUUGGAUGAGGGGCCUUGCAUUGCUAGCUCUGGUCUGUCCACUCUUCGCCGCCUUGAGAACCUCAGGCUGGACCAGUUACAUCAACUACGGCCAAUCGGGCCCAGGGGCCUCAAACUGCCGAGCUUGACACACACUGGUACCCCUGCGUCCCGCCGUCUGGGCCCCCCGGUGUCUCUUGACCGCCGCAGCAGCAGCUCCAGCAGUGUCAGCUCCGCCUACACGGUCAGCCGCCGCUCCUCCCUGGCCUCCCCAUUCCCCCCGGGCUCCCCACCAGAAAGCGGGGCGUCCUCUCUGCCUGGCCUCACACCCGCCCAGCACUACCUGCUCCGGGCAAGAUAUUCUUCGAGCAGGGGGGGUGGCACCCCACCCUCUACAGCACCCGGCCUGGAUCGCAUGGGGGUUCUUCCUGCCUCUCCCUGGAGGAACCGAGCCGAGUAUCCAGGAUACAAUCCCAGCGCAGGAGUCACGCGGAGGGCCAGCGACCCAGCCCGGGUUGCCGACCGCCCUGCCGCAGCCAGAGUUCAGCGGUUCAAGAGCUUGGGUUGUGUCCACACACCGCCGGCAGGCGCGGGGGGAGGACGGAACUUCGAGCCCCUGCUCCCAGCCUCGGUCUACUCGCCGCAGCCCCCCAGCAUCACUGAGGAUGUGACCAUGGACACCAGAGGGCUGCGGGAAGAGGCGGAGGUUGGGAGCUCCAUGAUGGGCAGCGGUGUGGCCCCUUACGUGGACUUCCCGCCUUCUGAUACUCUGGGAUAUGGGGGGCCCGAGGGGGCAGCAGCUGAGCCUUAUGGAGCCAGGGGUCCAAGCUCCCUGCCUCUUGGACCUAGUCCUCCUACCCACUAUGGCCCCAACCCCUGCCCCCAGCAGGUGUCCUAUCCUGACCCCACCCCAGAACCCUGGGGUGAGUUCCCUUCCCACUCUGGGCUGUACCCCGGCCACAAGGCUCCAGCUGGAGCCUAUAGCCAGUGUCCGCGUCUCGAACACUACGGACAGGUGCACGUUAAACCAGAACAGGGGUGCCCAGUGGGCUCUGACUCCACAGGACUGGCCCCCUGCCUCAAUGCCCAUCCCAGUGAGGGGCCUCCACACCCACAGCCCUUGUUCUCCCACUACCCCCAGCCCCCUCCUCCCCAGUAUCCCCAGUCAAGCCCCUAUAGCCAGCCUCGCCCCGACUAUCUUCCCUCAGAGCCCAGGCCUGGCCUGGAUUUUGACUCCCCCACUCACUCCACAGGGCAGCUCAAGGCUCAGCUUGUAUGCAAUUAUGUUCAGUCUCAACAGGAACUGCUGUGGGAGGCUGGGGGCAAGGGAGACCCUCCGGACCAGGAGCCUCUCUUUCAGACUCCCAAGUUUCUAGGGGGGUCCCAGAUUAGCCCCAGCCCUGCCAAGGCCCCAAUGGCCCCAUAUGGACCUGGUUUUGCACCUAACUUGCCCAACCACAAGUCAGGCUCCUAUCCCGCCCCCUCACCUUGCCAUGAAAAUUUUGCAGGGGGGGCGAGCAAGGCUCCCCAAAGAGCAGCAGCACCACCUCGCCUUCUGCCCCCACUGCCCACCUGCUAUGGGCCCCUCAAGGCAGCGGGCACCAACCCCAGCUGUGGCCAUCCUGAGGUGGGCAGGCUGGGAGCGGGCCCUGCCUUGUACCCGCCCCCUGAAGGGCAGGUGUGUAACCCCCUGGACUCUCUUGACCUUGACAACACUCAGCUGGACUUCGUGGCUAUUCUGGAUGAGCCCCAGGGGCUGAGUCCUCCCCCUUCCCAUGAUCAGGGGGACCGCUCUGAACACACCCCACCUGCCCCCGGGGCCCCCAACAUGGCUGUGGGCAACAUGAGUGUCUUACUGGGAUCCCUGCCUGGGGAGACCCAAUUCCUCAAUUCUAGUGCCUAAAAAGUGGGGAAUCCCACCUAUCACAGGUCCACGUUUCCUAAGGGGGUUUCAUCCCCACAGACAAGUCAGGAGGAGGAGCCAGAGGCCCCCGGUGUGCCCCGGGUGGGAGGUAUGGACUGGGGACUGUAUACAGUCUGUAAAUGUUUCGAGGAACAGUUUGAUAAUGACACUGUUUCCUGAUAAUAAAGGAACUGCAUCAGC